AGACCAUGAAAAUACAGCUUCGAGCUUGCUGCAGGAUCACUAUCUUGAUUCAUCUUGGAGAACUGAUAACAGUCUCCCGUGGACGUUGGACAGCAGCAUUAGUGAAGAAAACAGGGCUGUCAUUGAGAAAAUGUUGCUGGAAGAAGAAUAUUAUUUAUCUAAUAAAUCAAUUUCUGAAAAAAUAUGGCUCAAUCAAAAGGAAGUGGAGAAAAGAUCUAUGAAAAGCCCACAUAAGAAAACUGGAAAAGUCAUGGUGCGAUCACCUACAAAAUCAGCUAGCUACUCAUUAAAGUGGACAUCAGGAGAAAAAGAACUGUUUGAACAAGGACUGGUGAAAUUUGGCCGCCGGUGGACAAAAAUUGCCAAGUUGAUUGGAAGUCGUACUGUUCUACAGGUGAAGAGCUAUGCUCGGCAGUAUUUUAAGAACAAGGCAAAAAAUGGUGAUUCUGAAAAAGAAGAGCAAAGUCAGUGUGGUAGCAGUCUUCCCAUUGAAGAUGGGAUAAGGGUAGAAGCGUGGUCGUCUGGAAACUUGAGAGGCCGUGCAGACCCCAACCUGAACGCAGUGAAAAUUGAAAAGCUGUCAGACGAUGAGGAAGUAGACAUAACUGAUGACAUGGAUGAACUACUUUCUCCUACCUUCCAGCAAGAAACUGGAAAAUCUGAAUUAUCUGUUAUUUCAAAAAGUCCAGUUGAAGAAACGAAAGGCAUGGAACAUGUUUUUUCAUCUGUUGGACACAGUUCUGCAAUUUCUUUACCUAAAGAAGAUCCUCAAGAUACCAAGCAAGAUACAGUGGAUGCAUUAGUAUUUCCAGGUGUUGCAGCAACAUGUUCUCAGCACCUGAAUGGUGAUAAAUCUGUGAACUUAGAUUACCAGCAAUACAAUAAUUUUAUUGAGAAAGCUGAACAAGGCAGGCUAGUAACAUCUCGUGGUACUAGACAAGUGACUGAUCAGGAGCUUAAUGAGGAACAGAGAGACCUGGCUGAUAAUGGAUUGCUUUUUCCUUCUCUCUGCCAAGUGGAUGAAGAUCAUCAAGAAGAAGCAGAGGAGCUUAAGCCACCUGAUCAAGAAGUGGAGGUUGACAGAAGCAUCAUUCUGGAAGAAGAAAAGCAAGCUAUUCCUGAAUUUUUUGAAGGGCGCCAGGCCAAAACACCAGAGCGUUAUUUGAAAAUUAGGAAUUAUAUUUUGGAUCAAUGGGAGAGAUGUAAACCCAAAUACCUGAAUAAGACUUCAGUACGUCCAGGCCUUAAGAACUGCGGUGAUGUUAACUGCAUUGGACGGAUCCACACAUACUUGGAAUUAAUAGGAGCAAUUAACUUCGGCUGUGAACAGGCUGUCUAUAACCGACCCCAACCAGCUGAUAAAACACGGUCCAAAGACGGCAAAGACACAGUGGAAGCGUACCAGCUUGCUCAGCGCUUGCAGUCCAUGCGUACAAGAAGACGGCGAGUGCGAGACCCUUGGGGAAACUGGUGUGAUGCAAAGGAUUUGGAAGGACAGACAUUUGAGCAUUUGUCUGCUGAAGAAUUAGCAAGAAGAAGAGAGGAAGAAAAACUGAAACCUGCAAAAUCUUCUAAAGGUUCAAGACAAAUAAAAAGUUCCUUUGAUCCCUUUCAGCUGAUACCAUGCUGUUUAUUCACUGAAGAAAAACAGGAACCUUUUCAGGUGAAAGUGUCUUCCGAAGCACUUUUAAUAAUGGAUUUGCACUCUCAUGUGUCUAUGGCAGAAGUAAUCGGGCUACUAGGUGGAAGAUACUCUGAAGCUGAUAAAAUUGUAGAAGUUUGUGCAGCAGAGCCGUGCAAUAGUCUCAGUACGGGACUGCAGUGCGAGAUGGAUCCAGUAUCUCAAACACAGGCCUCGGAAACGCUGGCUGCCAGAGGAUACAGUGUUAUUGGAUGGUACCAUUCCCACCCGGCCUUUGACCCCAACCCCUCAAUACGAGAUAUUGACACUCAAGCUAAAUACCAGAGUUAUUUCUCCAGGGGUGGUGCCAUGUUCAUUGGAAUGAUUAUAAGUCCUUACAACCGAAAUAAUCCUCUUCCGUAUUCUGAGAUUACUUGUCUAGUAAUUAGCGAUGAGAUCAGUUCUGAUGGUUCCUACCGCCUGCCCUACAAAUUUGAAGUACAGCAGAUGUUGGAGGAACCUCAGUGGGAAUUAAUAUUUGAAAAAACGAGAUGGAUAAUUGAAAAAUACAGAUUCUGCCAUAGCAGUGUCCCCAUGAAUAAAAUUUUUCACAGAGAUUCUGACCUGACUUGUUUGCAGAAACUUUUGGAGUGCAUGAGGAAGACUUUGGGCAAGGUAACAAAUUGCUUCAUUGCUGAAGAGUUCUUGACUCAGAUAGAAAACUUAUUCCUUUCCACAUACAAGAGUGAGAAAAAGAGUAAUGCCGAAGAAAAUGAGAAUGAAUGUUCAAAUGAAUUGCCAAUGUGA